AUGGAGUUGUACUCCUUGCAGUUGGCCAUCCCAUCAUCUUCGCCAUUAGCCGGAACAGUCAGAUUCUUCCUCAGCACACAGCUCAACAUUUCAACCAACUUAUGGGUGGCAUCACAUGGAGAGUUCAUCUUUGACUUUGCCCAUGGUGGUAUUGGUAGCCAUGUGCUACCAAGACCCAACAAGCUCAAAGUCAAUGACGUUGGUGACUAUUACCAGAACUACGUGAGUGCCAACACACUGGCCGAGAUCAAGGGCACGAUGAGAUUCGUCAUCCCGGGCACUGUACAAUCCAACAAUGACGUCCGAUUCCUUGGCGCAACAGUCAAUGCCUCGAUGGACCCAUUGAUCAACGUCCAAGAUCCCAACGAAGAGCAUGGCUACAUCAAGUCACUCAAUGGCAUUGUCAACUUUAACAACUCCCAACUCAUCAUUAAUGUUUAUCACAUGACAACAUCAUCAAUGAUUCAUACAUUGACAACAAGUAAUGUGGACACUGGAUUCUUGAUUGUGAAUGGAAGUGUUGACCUCAAUUUGUCAUCAUUCAAUGUUGUUAACAAUGCAACAUUUGGUAUGAGUGGAGUAAUGAGCAUGCAAUCAUCCAAGUGUAACUUCAGCACUGUCAAUAUCACAAGUGGUUCAUUCAACAUCAACAAUAACUCCAACAUGACAUUGUUCAACUCGACAUCAUAUAUGAAGGAUCUAACACUUGGUGCUGGAUCGACUUUCCUCAAGAUGGACAAGAGCAAGGUGUCAUUAAGCGGUACAUUGUCAGUUGCUUCUAACAAAACGACUACUUCAUCGUCGGUCUCGACUGGAUCAUUUAUGACCAGUGCAUUGAGUGACUUCAAGUCAAGCACACUAUCAGUAGGCGGUACCACAACAGUCAACGGUGCACUCAAUGCUGACAAAUCAUCAGUGUCAUUCGGAGGACAGUUUGAGAUCGGUGGCUCGGGUUCAGUCAUGAUGACCAACACUCAGAUGUCAUUCACAUCUGGUGCCAAGUGUGAGACGACGCAGUCAUCAGGAUCCAUUGCUCUAAUGAACACAACAUUCAACAACCAAGGAACUUUCAAUCAUGGUGGAUCAUUGCUGGUCGAUCCAACAAGCUCGAUCACCAAUGAAGGCAAGUUCUUCUUCACCAAGUCUGUCACAAGAGGAGUGACCACCGCACCCAAAGGUCUCCUUGGCAGGAGUAUACAGGACACUCUCUUCCCAAGUUUCCUCAACAAGGAGGAGGCAUUUAUCCCUGGCAUCGGAGUAACAAUCAACAUCGAGAUGAACAUUGCUAAUCAUCAAACAAUGAAUGUUGCGGCCAAUGCACAAGUCCAAUCAUUCAUUCAAAGCUCAGGAUUGACUCUACUUCAAAGUGGUGGCUCAUUGCAAUCCAAGAAUGAUAUUAUAAUCAAUGGAGGUGCAUUGUUAGGUCAAGGCUCACUGUCUACCACCACCGUGACCUCAGCGGCCAUCGGUAGCUCUUCAACACUAAACAAUGUUAAGUUUAACGGUGACCUCAACAUCCAAGACUCCCUUUCAAAUGUCACACUUCUUGUCAACAAUGCUACUUCAUACUCAACUUUGGACAUCAAUGGAACAGCUAGUCUGAAUGGAAUCUUCACGGUGAUGGUCACAACAGAGAUGUUAAAGUCACCAAAUGAUGCAAAUUCAACAAUAACAUUGCAUGUGAUUACAUUCCCAGAGAACAGGACAAAGGGCGAGUUCAAUGGCCUCGCCAUCAAGCACUACUUGUUGAGCCAGACUCACAAGACUGCAGGACACCAGGAGAAAGUGGUGGUGGCAGUUCCACACAAGUAUCCAAGACGCUUAUUAUAG